AAUCAUUAGACUACCAGCAGUCAAAUGGAUUUGGACUUUUCUUCCUCUCUUUAGCUCUACUUAUCUCUGUCUCUCUCUCAAUUUUAUGCCGUUCUUCCAGCACUUCUCCUUCAAUUUUGGUUGCUAGAUGAUGCAAUUCACGAAAUCGCAAAGCACGACCGUUGAAAUCGCCGAUCCCAAGCUUAGAGACUUGAAUUCCAUGUUUUUCCUCCUUCGGUGUGCCCUCUUCGACCACUAUACAUGCAAAUCAGGAAAUUGAGAUGUCGUAAGUUAAUAUUGUACAGUUUGAAGAUUGGGCUGAUCUGUUCGUUGGUUUUGAUUUGCGAAAGAACAUCAUCUUGAUAGAGAAACGAACCGGCUUCAGCAUUCGUUGGCUACUAUCAAUUUGCUCAAUUUGUGGUGUUUUCUGCUGGACUUAGAAUUCUCUGUUUAUUUUGAACUGUGUGCCUGUGUUGUAACGAUCAUCGUUUUGAUAGAGAAGCAGGGCGGCUUCAGAAUUUUCUCAAUUUUUGCUACUACGCAUUUGUGGUUUAAAGUUUGAUAGAGUUCAUAUGUCGACUGAAGUUUGUGGAUCGAGCUUGCUCCUUUCUCUGCCAGAUGAUGUACUUUCUACCGUGUCGUGGUCCCUUUCUCCAAGGGACUUGUGUAAUUUAAGCCUAUGCUGUCGGGAUCUGCAUGAUUCAGUAGCAUCUGAAAAGAUCUGGCUCACGCAAUGUGAGAUGGUUGGAAUUUUGUCUGCCAAAGACCUUAUGGAUUGGCGAACAGGUAUGGCGUCCUAUAAGGCGCUUUGCCGAUUUCUCAGCAGCAUUGAGCCGUUGAUGGGAAUAUGGGUUCAUCAGAAUCCAGAGCUUGGUAAUGUAGUCUAUGUGAUGCCAGGUUUUGUUUCGGUUGUUGGUUGUCGAAUUAUCCCUCAAGAACUUGGUCCAUUAGGCAUUGAAGAUGGGCCAAUUCUUUGGGCACCCGUUUUUGAAAUCCUGGGUGAUGCUGAUGGCACCCCAUCGUUUUUUCUACAUGGAAAGAAGGAGGGAAUUGACUAUUUUUAUCCGGGUUUGGUGAAGGCUGUUGACAAGAGUUGCAAUGUGCUUCUUCUCGAGGUUGAGACUAAAUCGCAUAAGAAUGGGUAUAAUAAUUUGUCGCAUAGUAAGAGCUUCGUCAACCAUUCAGAUCAGGAGGCUAGAAAGGUUUGUAAGUCUAACAGUGACCUUUCUAGAUCCCGGAAGGUUUUUGGAGAGCCUGAGGCGAAAGUGUCAUUUGACCAGUUGGCUUUUUGUGAUAGAAGACAGUUGCUUGAAACCGUAAUGAAUCAAGUUCGUGUCAAGGUGUCCAGUCGAGUUGCUGGGCCACUAUUUCCCAGGUUAAGAGAUGAAGUGAACUUCGAGGAAGAUAUGGCGGUGUUGUCAGAAAGGAGAUCAGUACUUAUGCAGCAUUGUAAAGUUGGUGGAAGUCAAUUGUCUGGGACAGGUAGUUCUGAACUGUUACCAGAUCCUACUCAGUUGGAACUAAGUAAGCUCAAAAAGUCUGUUGAUGGUUCAAGUAGUCUUCAAAAGUCAAUUAAUAGGGACGAUGAUCAGGUAAAAUGUGGGAAGAAGAAAACUCUUGGCAGGUAUUUGAGGCAAAGCCUAAAUCAAAUACUGGAAAAGUCUGGCUUUAUCAAUGAUAGCAAGGGAAUGUUGAAAAAUAACUGUUCAUGUAGUGUGAUGAAUAAAUAUGUGAAACUUGAAGAGUUUCUUCAAUCGAGCGAUACAAUUGGGUUGGCAUUGCAUGCAUCAACCAAGAAGCUAUCUUCUUACCGGGGAUGGCCUAAUAUGCAUGAGAAUCGGUUUGCACUGUAUAAAUUGCCAAUGCGAGUGCCAACUGCUGAGCAAGAGUAUGCUGGUUUAUGGGGAGGGACAUUCGGCUGGCCCCCGGGGAAGCCUACAGAAGACAAGCCUGGAAAAGCCCUUUUCUUCCUUUUGCUUUCGUAUGAGAAAUCCCAGGGACAAGUGUUUCUCAUUGCGACAAAAAUAUUGGAAGGCACUCACUAUGUUUUACAUCCUAAUGGUUCUGCAAUGUUCAGAGUGAAUAUUAAUGAACCUUCGGCAGAUCCGUUUCCUUGGGAGUCCGAUGGGGAUCUAUUUCCUGUGAAUAUUCAGCAUACAUUUUCGGGAGAGGGGAUUGCCAAUGGGUAUGGCUUUAGAUACCCUGGUUCGAAGCCCGGUUCUCUCUAUGUAUUUCAGAAUGGUCAACUGGCCUUCAUUUGGAAGGAGUCUAAAUCUGUCCUAACCUUGCAGAGAUUGAACUUACAAGAGCUUCUGAAAAAAGGUGAAAGAGUACCUCCUCUACAACCAACUGACAACUUCUCCUAUCUAACCAAGUCAUACUCGAAUGUCUUCAAUGGCUUCCCGAACACUUCGACUAGUUUCUCCUUGCCAAGAGAAACGUGUUCAUAGAAAAUUCAUGGGGUAAAACAUUUGUAGAAGAAUAUUUUUAUGGUUGUUGCAAAUGAAGGUUCGAGCUCCAUAUUCGUUGCAUCGGGAGCGGUUCACGAUGCUUACAACUUCAGAGAUCCUUCAACUCAGGGGAGGAGGUAUUUUAUUGUACUACUAUUACUAUGCCAAUUUUACAGAACUUUGAUUCUGAAAUCUUGCUUGUGGUAUCUUAUUUCUGGUUAAAACAAGAAAAAGAAAAAUAUUGUGUAUUCAUAUAUGGAUUGCUAUGCUUUUUUUCUUCUUCUUAUACUUGGGAAAAGGCAGAUGCAUUGAAUCCAAAUAAAGUUUUACAUAUCCAUUUUUCCUUU